AUGUCAGGAGACAUUGAGUGCAAUAUUAAGUCAAAAAUACUGAAACAUAAGUUGUUUGCACUUCAAGUUGACGAGAGUACAGACAUCACUGGUAAAUCACAGCUCCUUGUAUUUGUUCGUUUUAUUAAUGAUGAAACUAUUGUAGAAGACGUCCUGUGUUGCAAAGAGUUGCCAGAAACAAGAAAAGGACAAGAUGUAUUUGAUGUUUUAAAUUCAUAUUUAGAGUAUUGUGGAUUGAACUGGAAAAACUGUGUUGGUAUUUGUACAGAUGGUACCCCUGCAAUGACAGGAUGUCUUAAAGGCUUUGUCCCAAUUGCACAAAAACAAAAUCCAAAUGUUUCAUUCAUAGAAAAGCACUAG